CACCCCCCAUUUUAUGAUCCUAGCUCUUUCUGCCUAAUCUUCCUCUGAUUAGUUUGUUACUAACAAACAAAGGGAGUCAAAUCUUUGUGUGGUGUUUUUCCCUUCAGAAGCAGCACACUCUCUCCUGUCCCUCCAUCUCCUCCCAUACCACCUGCUUUGCAUUAAGUCCCAAUCCGAUUUCCCCAACUCUCUGGUGUCUGAUUUAAUUUGCCUGACGCUGCUCCUAGAAUCAGCCCUCCCCAACCCACCUCUCCCCCCACCCCCACACACACAGCCUCCCAGCUCCCCAUGGGGAGAUCAGUCCUGGGAGAGGCUGACACACCAAGAGUGAGAGAGGGACACAGUGUGUGGAUAGCUGGCGCCAGGACGGGAAGGAUUGAGGGGGACCACAGCGUGACCAGGGGCUCCCAUCCUGACGGGGGACUAAAUCCCCAGGGGACCAAGGGAGUGCCAAACAGGAGGGGACAGCUGCCACCUCUCCCCACAGACCAGGACUCAGGCUAUCCCGAGUGGAGGACCCAUUACUAGCCGAUCGAGAUGGGGGAAAUGGAACAGAUGAGGCAGGAGGCCGAGCAGCUGAAGAAACAGAUUGCGGAUGCACGGAAAGCCUGUGCUGACACUACACUUGCUCAGAUUGUGUCCGGGGUGGAGGUAGUUGGACGCAUUCAGAUGCGUACGCGGAGGACUCUGCGUGGGCACCUGGCCAAGAUCUAUGCAAUGCACUGGUGCACGGACUCCAAACUCUUGGUCAGUGCCUCGCAAGAUGGGAAACUGAUCGUGUGGGACACUUACACAACCAAUAAGGUUCAUGCCAUCCCUCUCCGCUCAUCCUGGGUCAUGACCUGUGCCUAUGCGCCCUCAGGGAAUUUUGUGGCCUGUGGGGGUCUCGACAACAUGUGCUCUAUCUACAAUCUCAAGACUCGUGAAGGCAACGUCAAAGUGAGCAGGGAGCUCUCGGCCCACACAGGUUACCUCUCCUGCUGCCGAUUCCUGGAUGACAAUAAUAUCGUGACAAGCUCCGGAGACACCACGUGCGCACUCUGGGAUAUUGAAACGGGACAGCAGAAGACUGUGUUUAUGGGUCACACUGGAGACUGCAUGAGCCUGGCCGUCUCCCCAGACUUCAAACUCUUUAUCUCCGGGGCCUGUGAUGCCACUGCCAAGCUGUGGGACGUACGGGAGGGAACCUGCCGUCAGACAUUCACAGGGCAUGAGUCGGACAUCAAUGCCAUCUGUUUCUUCCCCAACGGUGAGGCCAUCUGCACCGGUUCAGAUGAUGCCACCUGCCGCCUCUUUGAUCUGCGGGCGGACCAGGAGCUCAUCGUCUAUUCCCACGAGAGCAUCAUCUGCGGAAUCACCUCAGUCGCCUUCUCCCGCAGUGGGCGUCUCAUGCUGGCUGGAUAUGAUGACUUCAACUGCAACAUCUGGGACUCCCUGAAGGGGGAGCGUGUGGGGAUCCUCUCCGGUCAUGACAACAGGGUGAGCUGCCUGGGGGUGACAGCAGAUGGCAUGGCUGUGGCUACUGGCUCCUGGGACAGCUUCCUCAAGAUUUGGAACUGAAGAGGGUGAUUGGGAGAGGGAGAUUAUUGGGAGGAGGGUGUCCACACCAAACAUAUUGUCAGUUGAACACAAUUGGUAUUUCUAUCUGAUAGUCACAGGCAUGUCUCUCUCUGAGUCUCUUUUUGGGGCUCCCUAGUCUGCAAGAGGGGUCUAGGGGAAAGGAGCCCUCCAUUAGCUGUUCCCCCCAACCCACUUCCUAAAUAUGCCAUAAGGCUUUCAGCCUGGGACAGGUUGUAGGACCCCACAUAAGCAAGACUGUUUCACAAGCUUUAGGAUCUUGCACUGCACACCCAGUGACACCCAUUCCUCCCACCUGACUCCACACCAGUUUAUCCCUACGUUGUCCCCCCACCCCAAUCACCCACCAGAAAGACAAACACCAUUCCCUGAAAAAGGCCUCUACCUUGAGGCAGGGACACCCCCCCCCCCCAUAACUACAACCAUUUCUCCAGACACACCUCCCCUAAUCCUCCCAAAGAGAGAGACCCUCCUCCUGGCACAUGGAGGUAGAGAGAAGAGAUUUUAGCCAGCUAGGACUCUGCAUUGAGCUUUGCUAAGAGGGGCUAAUUUCUGUGGGACUCCAUCCUCACUGCCAUUAGCCCAAUUUUAUCUAUGCAUCAAAUGGGGGAGGGAAGUUCACUGCCCCAUCUAGGGCAUCAAGGACAAGGAAAUGUUAAUUUAUUUUUAUUUAUAUUCCUGUAGCUGUCCCCUUCCCCUCAUCCACAUGUGCUGUGUAUUCCUCUUGCAUUAGCUUGUAGACCACCUCAGCCCCUGCUUUCAAGAUGUAACUAUCAUACAGGAGUUUCAGGCAAAAUAAAAAGAUCAAGUGAGAUGCAUGUGCUGCAUCAUUUGAGACAGACACUGGACUAGGCUACUGCAAAUGAUGCUUGGAACACAGGGGAUAAUCAUCUGGGAACUCCUGUGUGUUUACUGCACUCAGCUCUAGCCCCUCACUCCCAGAAGCAGGCCCCAGAGGAGGGAGAAGUCAUGGGCCUCCCCGUCUCUUGGUGCCCUGGGAGGACUAUGCAGUCUCCCACCUACUUCCACCCGAUAC